AUGUCCCCCGUCAUCUCUCUCCUCCUUCUCGCCUCGCUUGUCAAUGGUGCUGCGGUCCAUCCUCACAACGAGCGCCGUUUUCUCUGGGGUUCUUGGUCCUUCAACACCGACAGUCGGCAAGACAGCUCUAGCUAUUGGAGUAACUCGAACGGCUGGGGCAACAGCGACUCAACCUUCUCGACCACCUCGCCCCAAGCCGCCACCUACCUUGCCCAAGCCCAGUCUGGCGUGAGCGGUCUCCACCAGGGAUGGUCUGCUGCUGGCUGCUACGACGACUCGUUCAAUGCCAGGACCCUCGCCAGCGCCUCCACUUCUUCUUGGUGGAUGACCUACUCGACUUGUACCACUUUCUGUGGCAACAGGGGUUAUACCUAUUCUGGUGUCGAGAGCAGCAACUGCUACUGCUCCAACUCUAUCAACAGCGCAUCUUCCAUCCAACCCUACUACAAGUGUUCAGGUAUCUGCGGCGGAAACUGGUUCGAAGACUGUCCUCGCACCAACUAUAUCAACGUUUUCACCAACUCCAAGACGACCACCUCUUCCUCUACUGCCAAAACUUCUUCUACCUUUUCUCCGACAUCUACCUCCAUCGCCAAGGUGUCCAUCACAUCUCCUUCUGCCUCGGGGUCUACCAUGAAGAGCUCCGUUCCUGCUCUCGCCAGCUCCAGCUCUACUGCCGCCGAGUCGUCCAUCGUUCCUAUUGUUGACACCUCGGUCAUCUCUGCCGCUCAGACCAUCAUCAGCUCUGCUGUUUCCUCUGUCGCUUCCGAGGCGAGCCAGGUCGUGAGCAGCGUCUCUGCCCAGCUCAACACUACCUCUGUUGCUUCUCAGAUCCAGAGCGUCCCUUCUCAGGUCAGCUCCGCCAUCCCUGCUAUCAACACCACCUCUGUUGUUUCCCAGCUUCAGAGCGUUGCUUCCUCCGUGGUUUCUUCCGUCGAGGCCGUCCCUACUUCUGUCGCCUCUUCUGUCAUCUCCGAGGUUUCUUCCAUUGCCAGCGGUGCUUCUACCCAGGUCAUCCCUGCCGUUGCCAACACGACUUCUUCUGUCGCCUCCGACAUUGCCAACGCCACCUCCGCCGUCUCCUCCAUCUACUCUGAGACCACCGAGGCCGCCAGCUCUACCGUCUCCAGCGUCGCUUCCGACAUCAGCUCUGCCUUUUCCGAAGAGUCCUCCGCCGUCUCUACCAUCGCCGAGAUCGCUAGCUCUGUCACCUCUUCCGCCGCUGCCGCUGCAUCCAGCGCCGUCUCCAGCUUGCCCACUGGCUGGGAGGUCUCUGCUUGUAUCGCCGAGGGUACUUCGGGCCGCGCUUUGCCUGAAACGUCUACAUCUAGCAGCGACAUGACACAGUCCAUGUGUGCUUCCUUCUGUUCCGAUGCUGGGUAUACUCUCGCCGCUAUUGAGUAUGCUAGCGAAUGCUGGUGUUCCGACCUCCUCCAGAACGGCGCUUCUCUCACCGAGACUUCUUCAGCAUGUACCAUGUCUUGCUCCGGUGAUUCCGACGAGAUCUGUGGCGGCCCCUCUGCUCUCACCCUCAUCGUCAACACCUCCGCCAUCGCCAGCCUAAACGAUGACCUUACUGCCGGGAUCGUCAUCUUGCCUACCAACUGGAGCGUUCCCUCGACCAGCUGUAUUCCCGAAGCGUCCAGCGGCCGUGCGUUGACUGGCUCUUCUUACACAUCUCCCGACAUGACUCUUGCCACGUGUGCUUCUUACUGCACUUCUGAAGGCUACGGUAUUGCGGGUGUCGAGUACAGCACGGAGUGCUACUGCAGCAACAUGCUCAGCAACGGCGUCUCCCUCAACGACUCUAGCUCGAGCUGUACCAUGACUUGUGGCGGUGACGGCACAACCUUCUGCGGCGGAUCGGGCGCUCUCUCCAUCGCCGUCUCUUCGACCAUCACCUCAAAGCUCAGCAGCGACCUUACCACCGAGAUCACCACCCUCCCCACUGGCUGGUCGGCUGCCAGCAGUCCUUGCAUUUCUGAAGUUACAUCCGGUCGAGCUCUUGCUCAUGCCUCUACGGCUUCGGACGAUAUGACCAUCGAGACUUGUCUUGAUUUCUGUAAUGCUGCUGGAUGGCAAUACGCUGGUAUCGAAUAUGGUCGUGAAUGCUACUGUGGCGACUAUCUUGCUAACGGUGCUUCCCUCGACCUCACCGCCACUUGCAACACUGCUUGCGCCGGUGACGAUAUGAGCAUUUGUGGCGGCGGCAACGCCCUCUCCCUCUACGUCAACCCUUCCCUCGCACUCGACCUCACCGUUGUGCUCGGCUACCACCUCCAAGGCUGCGUGCAAGAGGUCACCGGGCGACUUUUGGCCAACAGCUCCUACACCUCCUCCAACAUGACUGUCGACGCGUGUGUUGGCUUCUGUUCCGACGAAGGUCUUUCUCUUGCUGGUGUGGAAUACGGAGAAGAAUGCUACUGUUCCAGCGCCCUGACCAGCUCUCCCCUCCUCUCGACCGAGUGUAACAUGGCUUGCGCUGGUGACGACUCUCAGAACUGUGGCGGAGCUGAUGCGAUUGAGCUCUACUUGGCUGCCGGAUCUGUCCUCUCCGUUCUCUAG